CUCGGAAGGGGCGGAGGCCGCGGGGGCCGCGGCUGCGGCUGCGGCGGCAGCAUUAGUAGUAGUGGCGGCCGCGCGGUUUCUGCCGUUGCUGCCGGGCGGGGGCGGCAAGAUGGCGGACGGGUUUGGCGGCAAAGAGAAGUGCAGCGAUCAGAGACUUGUCUCGCUGCCGUUGUCUCGAAUUCGCGUGAUCAUGAAGAGCUCCCCCGAGGUGUCCAGCAUCAAUCAGGAGGCACUGGUGCUCACGGCCAAGGCCACGGAACUUUUUGUUCAGUAUCUAGCCACUUAUUCCUAUAAACAUGGCAGUGGAAAAGAGAAGAAAGCACUUAUUUACAGUGACUUAUCAAAUACUGCAGAAGAGUCGGAAACCUUUCAAUUUCUUGCAGAUAUAUUACCAAAGAAGAUUUUAGCCAGCAAAUACCUGAAAAUGCUUAAAGAAGAAAAGGGGGAUGGUGAGGAAGAUGAUGACGAUGAUGUCGACAAUAAUGAUGAGGAAAAUGAAGAUGAAGAUGAUGAUGAGAGUGAGGAUGAAGAAGCGGAAUCUUAAACAUAAAAGGCAACACUUUAUAAUUCACCUAAAUUGUGUUACCAGUCUUACUUCUGGAGUUGGUCCCCUUUCUCCUAAAUUAAAUACAGAGCUGUUAAAUUUUAUCCCCACAAAUUUUCCAUUACUCCCAAUAGAUUACUUUUAGGAUAGAAUUUUAUAUCCAUCUAUCCACUUCAGCCUGAGGAGUAAAACAAAAGCCUCUAAUUUGCAUUACAUUUCAAGGUAUCACUAAGCUAUAUAUUUAUUCUAAUAUCUUGUCUGUCUUAUUUGACAUUGAACUUCUACACCCUUAAGGGAAACAAACAUGAAAUGCUUAUCUUUUUCAUUAAUUGAUAUAGAUUUAAGUUCUAGUGAUGGUAAAUGUAAAUUAAUAUAUGUAUAUUAUGAAAUUAUUUCACUUGUGGACCACACUCAUUUUCAGUUGAAUAUGUAGUUUAUUUUCAGCUAAAUAUGUAGUACAUAGCAUAUUACAUAAUAAUUUCUGUAUAGCAAGAAAUUUUUACUGUUUGAUAAAAGAGUGCUUAUUUUUUUUACUGUAAAA